AUGAGUGGGAUCUGGCCGUUUUUCAACUCGUCGUUCUCCAACGCCACGAUCAACAAGAUCCUCGCGGAGAUAGACUUGGAUCAGCAGCAAUUGGGGCUCAAGAUGUCCGAUUCCUCGGCCUCUGACCAGUUACCGUCGUCUCCGACCAACCUGACAGCUUCCAAGCUCCUGCAAACCAUCCAGGAAAACGAUCAUCUACAACAGUCUCGCAUGGAGCCUCCUGUUUUGCAUUCCGAGCGCCCGCAUUUAAAUAUCUCGCUGUUCAACAAGCUGAUAGAUCAGCCCAGUUUUCUGGACGAAAUCAGCUUGGCCAAGAACCAGCGGCUCAUCACGUACGUUUCGCAGCCAGAGGUGUUGGAGCUGAUGAUCGAGUACAUUCUGGUUUCCGUGGACUUGUCACGGGACAGGAACGCGCUCGACGCAAGCCACAAUAUUUUCGAAGGUGACAACAACGUGGAGGUGGAAGCGGAAGAAGAAAAGAAACCGUUGGACGUGUAUGAGCGAGCCCUCCAGCGUUCACACACGUGUAGCGACCUGCUGGUGCUUUCGAGCGGCAACACGGUGGCUGUGUUGCUAGGCGAGUCCAAUCUCCUGGAAAAGCUCUGGACAGGGUUCCUGGACAGAGACGUGGACGAGUUCUUCCAAACUCCCAAGGUGUCUCAUAGCGACGACGAGAGUGAGACAGAGCCCGACAGGUCGACGGAGUCUGCGGACUCUGAUCAAUUUGCAUUCAAGCAGAGCCACAACGUCACUCUGUUCAACAAUUUCCUCAAGCUGAUCGACAGCAUCGCCACGGCCAACAUCAACGGACUGAUGAACUUUAUUCGGUUCCAGCAGAAGUCGGCGCUGAUCACAAACCAGUUUCUGAACUUUGUGCCGCACUCGCCAACGAUCUGCGACCUGCUGGUGCGGCUCGUUUCCACAGACAAGCCGUACAACUCGAACGGGCUCAUAGAGAUUCUGGUGGACCAGGAUCUCACGUACAAUCUGUUGAAGUUGGUGAAAAUCCACUAUGCUGACCAUCAGAUCCAGGACAAUCUGUGCAAUCUGCUGAAUGGGAUUGUUGGAAUCAGCUCAAACGUUGGAUUUUGGGACGACUCGACACAGCAGCAGCUGAACGAGUUUGGAGAGCCAUUGGACACCGAGCAGGCCCUGGCUGCUCGCACCAAUAACCCAAACAUCGGGCCGAACGAUCUCACGCGCCAGCUGGUGUCGAAGAAGUGUGUUCUGGAGAUGCUGGACGUGCUUAUCAACUAUGGUCACUAUGGUCUCGUGACGGUGGUUUCUGUGGUGAUCGAGGUGAUCCGCAAAAACAACUCAGAUUACGACGAGUUCGACUGGGUGCAGUCUGUGGAGGCUGUUGCGCUGGAAGAGGCCGAGGACUCGGACUCGGGCGACAAAAGCAGCAGAAACCUGCCCAACUCAAGAGACCCUAUUUAUCUCGGUGUGAUGCUCAAGCUGUUCUCGAUACAUUUGGACGAGAUCAAGGACAACUAUCUCACCGACAAGUACUACAAGCUCAACAAGGUGCCGAAGCUGCAGAGCUCCAUUGGCGACGAAAUCGAGCCGUUGGGGUACGAGCGGUUUAAGGUGAUGGAGCUUGUUGCGGAGCUGUUGCACUGCUCCAACAUGAUUUUGAUGAACAAGUCGCCCAAGCUGGACUAUCUGAUGUACAAGCGGGAUCUCUGGCGGGACGUGAAGAAGACGGAGUCGUUGGUGAUGGAUGCGCUCAAUGACGCGAUCAACGACGACGUCACCAAGCCAAUGGAAAAGAUGAGUUUGGACGGCGACUCAGACAGUUUAUCUCGUGUGGGCGGCGAGGAGUACGUCAAGUUACCUGUUGACAUGUCGAUCGGCAACUUCUUCAAGCUGCGCCUAUUGCAAACGAACAGCGUGCCGUUGGUGAUCCUCAAACUCCACAAGUUUGCGUGGAACAAUUUCAUGCACAACGUUGUUUUCGACCUUGUGCAACAGGUGUUCAACGGGCGACUGGCCAAUUGGGACGAAGACCGCGCCUCGAACCAGGAAGAGACCAAGUACGACGACAAUCUCAGCCUGAACAAAGUUCUGAUCUGGUCUCUGUUUGGUGACUACGACACUUUUGACGUGAAGGAAUUCGACUCUGACGAGGAAUACCCUGGUUUUUUCAACCUACCCAACUACAUUCUUUACUGCUUCAAUCUUUCCGAGGAGUACGAAAGCCACCACGACUUCAAGCUGGGGUAUAUGGGCCAUCUGACGCUGAUAGCCGAGGAGAUCCACAAGUUCCAGAACUAUGUGGAGAACUUUGGCAUGACGCGCGAGGACCAGACGUUCGAGGUGCUCAAGGACGACAACGAUGUGUCGAACCCGUACUAUUUGAAGUCGUCGUUCUAUAUUUUCAACUCGCUGUUCGACAAGCUGUUUGAGAGCACGCAGUUCAACAAGUGGAUCGAAUUCAUCAACUCGCGGCUGAAGGAGAUCAACUCCAUGUACAACAAGGUUCUGGGCAACCCUGCCGAGCUGAGCGACAGUCUCGUGGCCGACGACGACGAGGAGGACGAGAUCGGGUCGACACCGAUGGUGAGCGACCGGAACGUGAUCUUGCUGGACGACGGCAACAACGACGAGUUUCGCCAGGAGCUCGAGGUCAUAGAGGGCGAGGAGCAGGACGUUGACGGUGGCGAUUUGAGGCCCAUGAGAGAUGAUGAAGGUGAUAGAGGGAGACGGAAGUAA